AAGCCUUGUGAGCUGGUUCAGCAGCCAGCUCAUAUCAACGAGUGACCUGCCACACAAGCUGUGCAUACAUGCGCUUCUCCAUGUUCUUGAUUAGAUCUGUGUAGUGUAGCUGGCUCAAGAAUAACGCGAUGGUUAAACAAUCGAAGGUUUUCUGUAGCUUGUCAUCGGGAGUGGUUCACGUCCUGCAUGUCUUUGGCGACAAAUUCCAUCGACCGAAGAACGGCUUAAUUAAAGCGACGAAGCUACUUUUUCAAACCACUGACAUUUCGUAUCGCAGUUGGUUGUUCAUCCAGACAAUCGUGCCUCUGGACUGUGUCAAGAAGGGCAUGUUGAGUAGGCAGGAAGUGAUCGGAACAAAGAGGCAGGGUGAUGCCCCCAGCGAAGAUUUACGCGGAUCACUAUUUUGGUGCCAUCAUCCCUCGACCCAGGAGCAGGUACCUCUCGAAAACAUGCUGCAUUCAAUAGCAGUACAUGCAAUUGAUCAAGCGAAUGCCUGGAGAUGAACACAUGAGAGAAAUUGGAGGAUGCAAAGCAGACAUGAACGAAGCAAUGUACUUGAAUUGGAAGGUCGAUUAUCCGGGUUGCGAAGGACCUUGAGACUAGAGCAGAUCUGCUGGUGAGACGAGACUAGAGACGAGGGCAAUACGUGAAACCAAGGGUUAGUGCUGGAUCGGAUCUACGAGGGCCAUCAUGACUUGCACAUUGAAGUCGGCGACGACAGUCGGACGGU